GCUAUCAGUUUGAAUUUUUAAAUCUAACAUCAAUACAUUAUCGAAGUCUCAUGGUAGUAACCGGUAGUCACUAGAAUUACUAGUUUAUAAGUUUUAUCUUUAGGCCUUAAUUCCUGAAUUUCUAGUUUAUUGUCUUUUAGAUAAAAGUAAAGUAAUACAGGGGACCUUCAAGAAUGGCUGGUGAAGUUAUUGUCGAUGCUCUUCCUUAUAUUGAUCAAGGGUAUGAUGAGCCAGGCAUCCGUGAAGCUGCAAUCAGCAUGGUGGAAGACGAAAAACGUCGUUACAGACCGUCGAAAAACUAUCUCGAACAUUUACCGCCACUCAAUGUAUCAGCAUUUGAAACAGAAAUGAUGCGCACAGAGUUUGACAGACUUCAGCAGCGUUUACCUAUGGAAACAAUGAGUAUGAAACGCUAUGAGCUACCACCACCGCCUGCUGGAAAACUCACGGAUAUGUCUGCUUGGAAUGAAUGUUUAGAAAACUCAAUGGCCCAACUUGAACAUCAAGCUACAAGAAUUACAAACUUAGAACUGAUGAUGGAUUAUGGAACAGAAGCCUGGAAAUCUUAUUUGGAAAUCCUAGUGAAAUGUGUUGCUGCUGCACAGACACAAGUGACUAAAUUGAAAAAACAAAUUCAAGAAGUAAAUUUCCAACGAAAGAAUGUGCAGAUGCAAGUUGGCGAAAAAUUAAGAGAUUUAGAAGCUAAUUGGGUGGGAUUGGUGAGCAAGAAUUAUGAAAUCGAAUUAGCAUGUGCUCAUUUGGAAAAACAAAUAAGAGCAUAUGAAUUAGCCAAAACAGAAAAAAUGGAUACAGAUUAAAAAUUUCAUCUUAACUUUUUUCGUAAUUAUGUAUAAAGUAUUUAAAAACAUUUAAGGUAUAAGAAUAAGUAAAAACAACAUUCUCAUGUAUUAUUUUUUCACAAUUUUAUAUUUCAUGUAAAAAAAGUAUAAAAAAUGUGUAUUAUAAAAUAAAGCAUUUUGCCUACAUCAAAA